AUGUUUACAGGCUGGUGGCUGCUGGCGCUGUUCGGCGCCUGCUCGACGGCCAUCCAGGCCGCGACCGGCGGCAGCGGCCUCACUCUGACCCCGGCGCAGGUUCUAUUGCCUUCCACAUCCUACUACGUGGAUUCGGGGUCGCGAGAACCGCUGAAGAUCCACGUACAGGUCCUGCUGCGCGUGGAACCCCGGGUAUGUGUGAACUGGGAGGUGCAGAAUCCCGAACUGCUGCGCUUGUUCCCGCCGAAUAACGAGGAGAACUACAUAGAGUACUCGAUAGUGCCUCUUUCGAGCUUCGGGGAUGGGUGUUCGAGCAGCAUCUGGGCCGCCUCGCUUCCCUCGGCGCUCCGGGCGCCGAGCUCGGAAUCCGGGUCGCUGAGGAGCUGGGUGUUUGCGUACGAGGCAUCCACGAAGACGCGCGCGGGAGCUGAGGUGGUGAUAUCGCCCAUGCGGUCGAUACAGUUUGAGACCCGCAACCGACGCAUUUCGGUGAACCAGGUUGCGACGCUGAAGAUUAUAGGCCAUGACGAGUACUCCAACACCUUCACGUCGUUGGAAGGCAUCCCGUUCGAGGCCCAGAUCGAGGACCCGCGCAUCAUGGAGAUCACAGACCUGCGUCACGACCCCGAAGUGGCUACUCGCGCUCGGGUGUCGUUACUGGACAAGCGCGACCGCUUUGCCGUAUCGCAGGGGUCAACGCUGACCUCGGACGUCAUUGUGCUGCAGGGUCGCACAGUAGGUAGGACACGCAUCUCUGUGCGUGUGAUGUUGCCUGAGUACCGCGAAAUCGUUUUGAAGGAUGUUGAGUUCACGGUCUCCGACUCGAUCGACCUUGAACCCGGCCGACUGGUCUUGCCACCCGGUGCGCAGUUCAAGUUCUGCGUUCAGAAAAUCAAGCCCCAAUCACAGAUAGAUGACACCUGGGACCCGACGGUUGACCUGACCAACUAUAAGUGGUCAAUCACCGGUGGCACCGGGCAGUUGGUGAAGCCGGACGGCAUGCUGACCACUGGGAAAGCUGGGGGCGUUGACUUCCGCGUUAUUCUCACCGACAAACGUAAUUCGGAAACUUUCGUGAGCGAUAUCAGCGUGCGCGUGCCGCAAAGCCUUGGAAUCUCAUACGGAGGUCUGCAGCAAAUGAUGGAUUGCUACGCCGCGAAGGGCGUGGACAUUGCCGACGCAUCCAACCAGACACACGUAAAACUUCUGGAGCAACUGCAGCAGCAGGUAUAUGCAGGCUGCCGCGGUAGCAUGCGCUGCGGCCUUCGUUACUUGGCCGCUGCCCCGGGAUCCACUCCACCAGCGUACCUGCUGCUGGGUCGUAACUACAUUUUCGACGUUGGGAUGAGGGACAAGGACGACACUGCCAUAUACGUAGCAGAGGGGUACUCAUUCAGCUGGAAGGUCGACAAUGAGGCCAUCGUGAGCGUGACCCGUUCCCCCAAUGGCCGCUUUGUCAUGAUCAGUGCCCUUGCUGAGGGGGUGGCCAAGGUUGUUGUCGAGCUCGCGUCUCCCAAGGUCAGCGUUGAAUUCACAGUGUCAGUAACGGACCCCGUUCAUCUGCUCGGGUUUCCGGUAGAGACCAUCGACUUGCCCAACCAUCAGGGGUUGGAACAGGUUCCCCGUUCGGAGCCGCUCGUUGGCAGCACCAAGCCUUUGGUCAUCCCCCUGAACGAAAACGCCAAACUGGUGGCACGCGGAGGGUCAGGAGAAUACCUGUGGCAUGUGGAUGAUAUCAGCAUCUGUUCCACCAAGCAAGGAAUUUUGCGCUGCAAGGCGUACGGAUCUACGGUGCUAACGGUGUCGGACCGUUUGAACCCGGAAAAUGUGUUCAAGGUGCAAGUGGUGGUGCAGCGUAUGAAACGUUUGGAGCUGUUGCCGACGAAAAUUCACGUCGAAGUCGGUGCAACAGCGCAGUUCCGUCUAUCUGCAUUCGCCGACUUAUCAGAUCUAACUCCUGUCUUUUCGAAAAGUUGGGCUGCCGCAUCUGGUGAAGCUGGGCAAUUCUACUGUUGCAUGCCUCUCACCUAUCAGGUCGAGUCGGCCAUCAAUGCGAAGUUGAACUGCCGCGUGGAGCACGACAGGUUCAUGUUGGACUUGACCAAGGUAACCGAAGAGCCGUUUAGCUGCGGUGUUUUCGCAUACCGCACGCUUCACCCCGGAGAGUCUGACGUCUCGGUGUCGCUAUUGAACGAAGAGUCUAUGGUUAUGACUGAGUUGACUGCGAGUGCCAAGGCGCUGAUUUAUGACCGGCUGUCGCUAUCCGUUCAUCCGGACUACAGCCAAUUCCCCUUGAAGACGUCGCCUCAGCCUUUUAUGAACGUCUCUCAGGCUACGGUUGAUCAGACGGUGUUCGCAAAUGUGCCCAUCGGCGGCAAGGUUCGCCUGGUUGUGCGCGGUGGCCCGCCGAUGCUAGGAGAUAGUUUGGUGGUGUCUACAUGCAAUGCGAGCAGCAAUCAUUUGUACGUCGAAAGGGUGGAUAAUGUCAAAGAAGGCAUUGCGCACGGGCACACGAUGUUUGAUGUUUACUGCCUGUCCGAGACUGCUGGAGAUAAGGUGUGCGUCCGCGUUGACGGCGUGCUCCGCAACGAGUACACCAUAAGUUGCCGACUUCCUUCGUACGUUGAGAUACACCCGCUCAUAUCGGCCAACAACCAAACGGUGCGUGACAACUUGCUGCACUGCAGCGGGUAUCCACUGAACUUGGAGGAUGGUGAUGCAGUGUCAACAGGUGUCUUCAGCAGCGGUUCGAACCUGUGCUACAAGGACGAGUCCAAGACGAAGUGGCAGAUAAAGACCAACGCAGACACCAUACACGCCUUCCGUGCCAUAGUGUUCGAUGCUUUCGGAACUCCUCUCUGUCCCAGCCACAGCUACAAGGUACAGUGGAGCGGCUCCGCAACCGCUGGUGCCGCAAAGUCGCCUGAACUGUCCUUCCAAAAGAUCGACGGAUCGGUGUUUGUAUACGACUCCAAAACGCUGGUGGAUAGUGAUCUGGUUGCUGGCCUUGAGUGGCUGGACGCUUUCGACUCACGCCACACUUCUGCAGGUGUAGCGGCCGUGUUGAAGCCCAAGUCCGUGACGACCAAAAUCGCAGCCAGCAAGAUGUGGACGAAGAGCACCAGUCGUCGCGGAGGCUAUGUGCUGUCAACGUCAUUGCGAGUCCUACCUACCCUGCCUCACGAAAUAUUGAUUGGAGUCAGCCGUACUACGUCUUUAACGCCUGCGGCGAAGCGCGUCAGCAUUUUCUUCAAUCCACGGACGAAGUACCAAUUCGCAGUGGCUCUGGGUUCGGGGAACUACGUGGAACUAACUGCGUAUUCGGAAUCGAUCAAGCUGCAACACAGCACGACUUUGUCUUUCAGUUCAGCCGCCGAGUUCGCCAGAGUGACCGCGGUCGUAGAUGGAGUGACCAACCUGUCUGAUCCGCUAUCGCUGCAGAAAAGCGUAGCCAGGUAUGCGGGCACUGUCAUGCCCCCUAUCCCUGUGAAGUACCUGAACUUCACAUGCCCGCAGCCGUGUUCACGUUCACUGGAUAUUGUGGACCGCAGUCAGCUUGGCCAGCAUACCAAGACACUGAUCAUCAGCCAGUCGCCUGUAUCCAAGUUACAUAUAAUCAUUACGGAUAUUCCGGAUGUGGAGAAUGACGUGUUUGAAGAUUUCGAUGCCUUGUCUAGCCUUGGAGGUGGCAUCAAUUUGCUUUCGGUGAAGCGUCUGUACCGCGUGCACGCCGUCGCCCUUGACAGCGAUGGACUCCCAAUGUCGUACGCUUCGCUGAGUGGCCUGAAGUUCUCUGUAUGCAGCAGCAAUCUUGUGAAGUUGGAGCAUCCCAAGGACGUCGGUUUUAAGGCUAUAGGUAGCGCGAUGGUUAUCCAGUGCCUAGCUGAGGGCAAGUACACGGUCCGUGCGGAGAUUAGGAACUACACAGGUUCGACAGAGACGCCUGAUGGAGUACUGGUUUCGGAUUCAUUGGAAAUAACGGCGUACAGGGAGACAUCGCCAGUGCUGGCAUCUAUUUUGAUGAUGCCCAACAGUGGUGAUUUCCACCUGUCUAUGUUGGAUGGCGCUCUCUCACGCUCCGUUCCGCUACAAACUGCAGCACUGGAAACAUCGGACGAAAAAAUCCUCCAAGUUGUGGCGUCAGGCCAGGUUGGUGUGAUUCGGUCAGUUAAGCCGGGAACGUGUAACAUGACGUCGUACAUUGCUGGGGGCACGAGCUCGCCGUCAAAAUCGGUCACACCGGUUACGGUAGCGAUGCCCUACUCCCUGGCGGUGAAUGGCCCCAAUCAAAUGCUGAACAACAAGAGUGUGGUUUUGUAUGCUAAGGUUAGUGACUACAGUGGUCGUCCUUUCACGCCAUUGUUUAUUUUCGGCUCAUCGGAAUCCGCCACUAACUCGUAUUGUCUGUUCACCUGGAGUGUAUCGGGUCAUGGUAUAUUUUUGGAGGAGGGUGAACGAACCGCCACUGUAACCGGCGCGGGUCGCGGCAGAGUCACCUUGCUCGCGACCUCGGCGGGUGCGAUAACGGUAUCGCUUCGUGCAUCUUGUCGCAACCUGUCAACGUCGGGAACACUUGAGCUUUCGGCGUCGAAGUUCACGAUCGAGAGUUUAAUGCCGUCGACUGUUUUCGGUUCACCCAUUUCGGAUUCGAUCAUACUGUCACCCAACUCAACCUAUGAGAGCCUGGCUGGCGUGGUUGAACCCAUAGCGUCCAGCGAUGUAUCUUUGCUCACGGUUGAUGGGACCAGUGGCCAGACAACGUUGAAGACGGAAUCGAAAACGGGGCACGUGCUACUUAAGACGGCCGACAGCUACGUUUCCCACGUCCAGAUACACACGGUCGAUCAGCUGCAUGUACACAGUUAUGGCGUGCAAUCGAGCGAGAUCAGCGUAUUGAAGAGCGGCAAGAAGGAGUUGACUGUUCACCUGAAAACUAGGGACGGUCAGCUGAUAGUGCCACCGGUAGAUUUGCGACUCAAGUACAUGUUGAGUCACUCCUCAUUGUUCAGGGUGACCUUGUCGGGCCACUCAAUCCAUGUCGCGGCCAACUCUGCUGAUGGCUGCUCAAGUCUUAUGGUGCUGCUUGACGAAAACGAUGAACAGUUCACGGGCACCAACAUGGUUGUGGACACCAUCCGUUUGUGUGUGGUUAACGCGUUGACGCCGCAGGAUGCGGUUGUUUUGAAGGGUUCCACUGUGCGCUUCCUCGCUGGCGACAGCAGGUCGUUCAGCAUCCAAUUACGCGGUGUGCCUCUGGCGCAAACUUACACCUCUAUGGAGCAUCAGGAUACUCUGCAGUACUACCAGGAUGCCAUAUUGUCGCGCAUGGAUGCUGUGAUGUCGGACAUAAAAUCCGACCUGUCUCGCGGUCUGAUCAACGUCUUCAGGGAUAUUGGCCUUCCAGAGUCCGAUUGUGUUGAUACGCUGCAGCUGCAUCAACCGUAUUUGGAUGUAUCGCAAUAUAGCAACGGCAUAAAACCGUUGUAUGUGUUCCCGUUCUCGAUAUGCCGCGAAGUGGACAGUGCUACCUUCACGGCCAAGCUGACGGCUUUCCUGCAAGAGUUGGGUCGUUCCGCUGAUAGCGUAUUUUCGCUUAUGGAAGGUGGCGUUUCUGCAAUGUCGGAUAAUGGACAGAUGGACACCAGUGUGACGGAGAUGUCGUCAUCCAAAAACGGUCAGAAUGCCAAGUCCGGGAAGGUUGUCAAGGCGUCUCAUCCUAGUGCUCUGACAAGCAAUUGGACGGUUGAUGAGCCCGAUAUAGUUUGGAUCAGCGACUCACAGGGUGUAGCUUUGGCCACAGGCAGCACGGUUGUUAAGUACGGAAGUGAACAUAUGAAAGGCGAUUCCCGGAUAACGGUGUUCGAUGCCGUCACCAAGGUGGAAUACCAGCACGUCGCGGAUUCCGCCGUACGCGCCAAUUCAACGAAUGUGAAGCCUGUAUUUGGCAAUACCAUAGCGUACAAAGAGUUUUAUGAACCCUUUUACGUGGUCUUCAAGGCUGCCACUGCCGGUGGAUCCUAUGUCCACAACACCCUUCAGGUCGACUCUAGGGUGUUCGCGGUUUGUGAACUGGUUUCGAAGGAAUCGUGGGUGAAGGAGGUAUUCGGCUCCGAAUCCACGUAUGUGGUGGGAUCAAGUGCAACUGAGUUUUUACCGGCCUGCCGGAUAUCGAUCCGUAGCUUCGGCGGUAAAAACGAGUGGACCAAGAUGCGCAACGUACUGAAGGGCGCAUCGGAAUCGGCCUACGGGUUGAAACUGAAGGUUGGUCUGUAUUCUACCUUGCCAUCGGACCACAAAUCACCUGCGCGCAAGCCAUCAAAGAAGCAGUCGAAGAAAUCGUCUACGGCAACCGACGUGGCUGCCCAGCCGUUGUGGGUCAGCCUGCGCAAAGUAGACGCGCUACUGUCUGAGCAGUCGUUCGAUUGGAAGUUACCCGUGUUCGCUCAGUUUGUGGAUUCGGUUGGUAUCGCAAUUAGUGACGUUUCCGUUGAACCAGGUAAAGCCGUCGCCAUUUCAGUGUACCCGCACUACUCACGCUGCAAGCUACGCGUUGAUGGCACGCAUUACAAGCUGCGGAUAACCGAGCGCCAAGGCCUGCUUUGCAGCUUCGCUCUGGAGAAUGACGGUGUCGUAGAACCCUCUAGUGUACACCUGGUGUGCCAGCGGACCGUUGCUGCCACCCUGAAAAUUUCGCAUCCUUCCGUGAUACGUCCAGAAGUACAAACGUCAGUCGUCACUACUGAAGUGCGAGCGACUUACAGCGUGGAUUGGAUGCUGGUACUGUUCACAGGUUGCCUGGCCGCCGGUCUGGCAUACCUGAUUUACACACUCCUCCACCGCCCCGAUAUCAGAUACUACGAAACCACGGAACCCAUCAAGAUCGAGCGGAAGUUGCCAAACGUCUUCGAGAAGCUCUACCAGACCGACUACCACGGUGGCAGUAAAGAUGCAGGCAGCGGUUCGGCUGCUGCCGCAGUCGGCCGCUCGCAGGCCGAUAGGUCGGGGUUCCGUUCCUCCGUAGGAGCGUCUACCACCGGCCCGGAUGGCGAGGCCACGUCGGAUCCGCAUAACACACCCAUCGGUUUGGAGCAGGAUAUGACUGCAUCGGACGAUCUGGAUGACGUGGACGUGAUACGCGAAUUCUACUUGUCAAGGCUAGGCGAAUUGCCGCCACGCCGUUCUACAGCGGGCAACUAUCCUCAUCGGAAUAGGGUAGUGGACGAUGCAGGGUCUCCCAAUACUCCCGAUUAUGGGGAAUCAGAUAGCCAUGUAUCGGCAUGUGACGGUUUUUCUGUUGGAGUCCAGACCGGCUCCGACGACAGCAUACACCUGUCUACUGACCAUGGAUCGGGCAUAAAUCAAGUUCUUGUGGAGAAUGUGGGCGCGCUUAACGAGCAGUUGGAGCGGUAUUAUCGGUUGGUGAACGAAAACGGUUCAUGUGUGGGUGCCAUUGGUUCGGACGACCCAUUGUCACGGAUAUACCUCAAUCCAUCAGGUUCUCAGUGGCCACGCACUUCGGAGAUUUUCGGGGUAACCGAACCCUCGGGCAAGUUGGCCGAAGCUAUACAAGCGCUGGAUCGUCGUGAUUCGCUGUGUCGCCAGAUUCUGGCGGUGCAGCACUGCCAACUGUUGGCGUAUAGCGGCGGCGGCAUGUACGCCACGACAUUGCUGCCGUCCACUCUUGAGGCUGCGGACUCCAAUAAGCGCGGCGGAGUCUCGAGGGCUAUGAAUAUCGCAAACACGCAAUCUGCGGAUUCCCGUGAAGCCGACGAUUCGGGUAAAGCAACCUGCUGCAAGCAUGAGGCUCGACGGGAUAGGGCCGAGUCGAAGGAACUUGCACGUUUGCGCCGCAUGGUAGAGCUGUAUAAGAACGAGUUAUCGCGUCUCUACGACCGCUGA